GCCCUACAAUGACGUCAGCGCGGCGCAGUAGCGGCUGUGACUAGCCGGCCGGGCCGGGCCAGGACAGCAGGCGGCGGGCGGCGGGCGGCGCGGGCCUGGCCCCGGGAUGGCGAUGUUCCGCAGCCUGGUUGCCUCGGCUCAGCAGCGGCAGCCGCCGGCCGGGCCGGCGGGCGGCGACAGCGGCCUGGAGGCGCAGUACACCUGCCCCAUCUGCCUGGAGGUCUAUCACCGGCCCGUGGCCAUCGGCAGCUGCGGCCACACGUUCUGUGGGGAGUGCCUCCAGCCCUGCCUGCAGGUGCCGUCCCCGCUGUGCCCACUCUGCCGCCUGCCCUUCGACCCCAAGAAAGUGGACAAGGCCACCCACGUGGAGAAGCAGCUCUCGUCCUACAAAGCGCCCUGUCGAGGCUGCAACAAAAAGGUGACCCUGGCAAAGAUGAGAGUGCACAUUUCGUCCUGCCUGAAGGUCCAGGAGCAGAUGGCCAACUGCCCCAAGUUCGUCCCUGUGGUGCCCACAUCCCAGCCUAUCCCCAGCAACAUCCCCAACAGGUCCACCUUCGCCUGCCCCUACUGUGGCGCCCGCAACCUGGACCAGCAGGAGCUGGUGAAGCACUGUGUGGAAAGCCACCGCAGCGACCCCAACCGCGUGGUGUGCCCCAUCUGCUCGGCAAUGCCCUGGGGGGACCCCAGCUACAAGAGCGCCAACUUCCUGCAGCACCUGCUUCACCGACACAAGUUCUCCUACGACACCUUUGUGGACUACAGUAUUGACGAGGAGGCCGCCUUCCAGGCCGCUCUGGCCCUGUCUCUCUCUGAGAACUGAAGGGAAGCGCAGCCACCCGCCUGCGUCUGGGGUCACGGAUGUCCCCGCUCGAGGGACAGGGCCAAGCUCCUGUGUCGCACCUGGCACCUGCUCGGGAGCCCACCUCACCAGACCAGGAGGAGCUGCACCCGCGCAGGAGGGGAGCCGGGGCCGAGCCUCCGAGCCUGAACACGGGCCAGCCGCCGAGGCCGCCAGAGCAGGGCCGCCUGGUCCCACCGGCGUCGCUGGGUUCUUCGGUGCUUCUGGCCGAGCAGGCGGCCUCCUUGGGCAGGGCUGGCCACUGGGACCUGGAGCCGCCGCCGUCUCUUCAAAGCCAUGAUGCCCCCUCAUGGGAAGAAGGGACCAACGGUGCGCAAGUCGCACUCUGCAGUCAAGCCGGGAGGAACCCAGGCUGCCGCCCUGCCCAGCCUGACCCGGCCCCGGCCCCGCUUCUGCCUUGCGCAUUUGGUACUGGCUUUUGUGAUACUUAGGAACCUGGCAUCUUUUCUAUAUUAUCCAGUGUGAUAAUCUUUUCACGUUUUAUAGAGCAGAGAGAGAGCAGUUACUCUUCAUAUUGCAAUAUCUGUGUUUGACUAGGAAUAAUAGUAUUUUUAUGGAACAUUUACAAAAUUCUAUUUUUUAAAAAAACAGUCAAAACAAGCAUUGGGGGAUUGGGGCAAGGAGGGAAGGAGCCGUGGGGUCUGCCGUGGGGUCUGCCCCGGGCCACCCACUGUCUGUCUGGGUCCUUGAGGUUUGUACGUUUCUGUUUGAUGACUAGGAAGAAAUCCCAGCACUCCAGCCACAGGCUGUGGCUGCUCCCAGCAGAGGCGGGGCCGGCAGAGCAGGGGCCACCUCCACCCAGAGUCCUGGCCUUGGCCCUCGGUCACUUUCAAAGCUGACUGUGCCCCGCUGUGGGAGGGGACGGCACCCCAGUGGUGGCAGAGCUUGGGGGCCUGGGCAGGGCCCACUUGGUGGGCCAGGCAACAUGUCAACAUUCUUUUCUGUUCUUGGCAUUAAUUAUUGCUGUCUUUUUUGAAAAAAAAAAAAAAAAAAGUUUAAAUAAAAUGUCUCAGAGCAUC